UCCGUUGAUCCCCAAUUCUGCCUUGAAAGAUAGAUCCCCAAUCUGCGUCGGGGAAGGAAGGAAGGAAGGAACCCUAGCCCAAGGAAGGCGAUUGGAUUGGACAUGUCGUCGGAUCCUCGGAGCUCCAAUCCGCCCCCUCCUCCCGGUUCUUCGUCGGCGCCGCCCCCGGCCGGGCCCAGUUACUUCCCGCUCCCUUUCCACCUGCAGCAGCAGCCGGCGGCGACCUACCAGUACCAGCAGUACCAGCAGCUGCAGCAAGCGCAGCAACUCUUCCAGCGGGACGCGCAGACCAUCACCCCCGAGGCGCUCGAGAGCGUCAAGGCCGCCCUCGCCACCAGCGACGUCCUCGACCCUUCCUCCGCCAGGGCCGCCGCCUCCUCCUCCGACGCCGCCGCCAAGAAGAAGGCCAUCCCCCGCCGCGCCGCCGGACAGUCCUGGGAGGAUCCCACCCUCACCGAGUGGCCCGACAAUGACUACAGGUUAUUUUGCGGAGAUCUAGGCAACGAAGUUAAUGAUGAUGUUCUCUCCAAAGCUUUUUCACGAUUUCCCUCCUUCAACAUGGCCAAGACUUUCACCCGUGCAAUUGACAACUCUAUAAGCCCCACAGUAAAUUACUCCAAAAUCAUGAGCUACAGUGUUCCCUGUUUGAUCUUCUGGACAAGGGUUGUUAGAGAUAAGAGGACUGGCAAAACUAAGGGUUAUGGGUUUGUGAGCUUUUCAAACCCUACAGACCUUGCUGCAGCAAUAAAAGAAAUGAAUGGAAAAUAUGUUGGAAACCGCCCUAUUAAAUUACGUAAGAGCAAUUGGAAGGAGAGGACAGAUGUUGAGGCUCUACAAAGACAAAAGAACCAUAUUCAGAAGAAACCUAAAAUGCUCAAGAAGAGUAUUCUUCACAAGUAAAGUUCUAUUGAGGCCUACCGAGCCCUCUAAGAAAAAAAAACUGCAAGUCCCUUUUCAGCGGAUAUGACAGCUUUUAGUUUUUAAAUAACCGCUGGAAGCCUGGAAAGCAGUGGUGCUGCAUGUUUUUAGUGCUCUGAGCAAUUAUAUAUGUUCACUAGCUAAAUACCCGUGCCUUGCUACAGAUAAAUGAAUUAGUGCAUCCUAACAUGUGUAGCUAUUUUUAUCGUGCUUUGUGCCAUGAGUUCUGCAAAAAAAAAAGAUGGUUCCACAUGUAA